AUGGCACUGUAUGUAAUGGUUGCUGUGGCUCUGCUUGGUUCCUGUUGGGCAGCUCCUCCAGUUGAUUCUGAUCCAGUGAAUUAUGAUGUGGAUUCAGAAACGUGGGACCUGAACAACUAUGGAGAAACCUAUGACUAUGAUGACUUGGAUGAGGAAAUUGAGGUUGAGACCAUGGGUCCUCCUGGAACUGUUACUCAUCUUCCUCCUGCAGUUACUCAUGAAGACAUAACAGAGGAAGUGACACUCCUACCACAGACCUCAAAGCCUGCAAUCCUACUCCAUCCUACUCUGGACUUUCAGGACCCUGGACUUUUUGGCCCUGACACUGGUCUGGGAAUGCCCACCUGCCUGCUGUGUGUGUGCCUCAGAGGCAGUGUGUAUUGUGAUGAUGCUGAUUUGACCAACAUACCCCCUCUGCCCAAAGACACCACAUACUUCUAUGCCCGCUUUAACAAGAUUACUGCAGUCAAAGCAAAGGACUUUCUUAAUCUGAAUCAGCUGAAACGAAUUGACCUAACCGGGAAUCAGAUCUCUGAGUUGGAUGAGGAUGCCUUCCGCACUCUCCCACAGCUUCAGGACCUAUUUUUAGCUGAUAACAGAAUUCCCUCUCUGCCUGAGCUUCCAGCCACUAUGAGGCACAUCGAUGUUCGCAAUAACCAUCUGACGAAUGCUGGCAUGCACAGAGAAGGCUUUAAGGAAAUGAAAGACUUGCAGUUCCUGUACCUGUCAGACAACCAACUAACCCACGUUCCUGUCCUGCUUCCUGAAAAUCUACGAGUGCUUCACCUGCAGAACAACAAUAUCCAGAGCUUGACUGAAGACACAUUCUGCAACAGUCAUGACCUAAGUUAUAUACGCAAGGCUCUGGAAGACAUUAGAUUGGACGGGAAUCCAGUGGAUGUGAACCAGUUUGCUCAGGCUUAUGUCUGCCUGCCAAGAGUGCCUGUGGGAAACUCACAAUGA